AUGAAUCACUGGUCGUUAAGGCAACUAGAUGUGAAGAAUGCCUUCCUCCAUGGAGAUUUAGAGGAGGAGGUGUUUAUGCACCAACCACACGGGUAUGAAGAUCCUGCUUAUCCAGAAUAUGUGUGUAAGCUCAAGAAAUCCUUGUAUGGUUUGAAGCAAGCUCCAAGAGCUUGGAAUGCUAAAUUUACAGGAUAUUUACCGGCCCUUGGUUUCAAAUUAUCGCAUUCUGAUUCGAGUCUGUUUGUAAAACUCGAAGGUUCAAAUGUUAUAGUGUUGUUGUUGUUGUAUGUUGAUGACAUUAUAUUGACUGGUUUUAAUGCAGAUUUGGUACAAACUGUGGUUGACAACUUGAGUUCAGUAUUUGAAAUGAAAGACAUGGGUCGCCUUGCCUAUUUCUUGGGAUUGCAGAUUGCAUAUCCUAUCUCAGGAGGUUUGUUUGUGAGUCAAACAAAGUAUGCUAAGGAUCUUUUGCAUAAAGUUAGGAUGCACUGCUGUAGAGCCUGUUCAACUUCUUGUAAACCUCAGAAUCAAAUUCUGAAAGACAGUAGUGAGCUGUUAUCUGAUCCCACCGUGUUUAGGAGUGUCGUUGGGGCUUUACAGUAUUUAACAUUCACAAGACCUGACUUGGCCUAUGCAGUAAACAAAGUCUGUCAGUAUAUGAAUAGUCCUACUGAUGAUCAUUGGUUUCUAGUUAAAAGAAUCUUAAGAUAUGUUCAAGGUACUCUGAACUUUGGGAUUAGGUUUACUAGUACCAGCCCUACAGCAAGUGAUCCUUGGCAGCUGUCUGCCUAUAGUGAUGCCGACUGGGCUGGAGACAUCAACACUAGAAGAUCUACCACAGGUUUUGUAGUGUUCUUAGGAAAUAAUCGCAUGUCUUGGCGGUCCAAAAAGUAG